AUGCCGCCCACACCAAACAAGCUGAACCUGAGCUUCGCCAGAAAUGCUUACAAUGUCUUUGGUAGCCGAAAUACGGCUACCGCGAACGAGCACCAGCGCGAGCAAAAGACAGAACUGCUGGAGGGUACCAGGGCUAAUGGCCUUCAACACUUGAAGAAUGGCGUGGAUUAUGUCAAUCCUGGUGAGGAGGAUCAGAUGGAAAUUUACGGCUACAAAAGAAGCCGCGCAUGGACUCUGAUUACCUGGUUCCUAAUUGCCAUCACCGGGGGUCUUCUCAGGCUGGUCUUUCAUUGGGUACCUCAUCUCAUGCUUCUAUCAACCCACUGCAAGUCCUCCCUAGAAGAGGCAGAAACCGUUUUGCUGGUGGAGAGGUUUCAGGGAAAACACACGAGUUACUACGUGAAGAAGUUGAGAUUCUUGACCGUUCAGGAAGUUAUGUUAGUAGUCUCGAACGUGUAUCAUCUAAUAUUUAAACAUCAGCUAGCGGUAUUUGUAAUUUCUUUCUCCCGCAGUAAGAAGUCCUUUAACGAAGAAUCUCUGAUUGAUGAGCCUUGGGAGAGUGGUGUGAUAACCAUCAAGGAGGACAAGGGAACUCCUCCAAUGUUGUCCGUGCAUCUGUGUGGCGGUCAAUUUAAACAGAUGCCGGCUAUAACGAUCUUCAAUUGCAAGAAGCUGACCUAUGUCUGGGAUCCGGAGAGAUCAGAGUUUUUGAAGCUGCGCGGCCUCGAUAGCGAUGUUCCAACGUCCACGUUACAUCAAGCGCAAGGUCUUAGCUCGCAAGAGCAGUACAUUAGGCGUAACGUUUACGGUAACAACGAGAUCGUGAUUCCUGUGAAGAGCAUACUCACGCUGCUUUGCCUCGAAGUGCUCAAUCCGUUUUACGUCUUCCAAUUGUUCAGUUUUUGUCUGUGGAUCGCGGACGACUAUUAUUACUACGCCAUGGUCAUUCUCGCGAUGUCGAGCGCCAGCAUCAUGAUGGCAGUUUUCCAGACGCGACGGAAUCAACACAAUCUGCGUUCGACGGUACAUUCAUCCGACGUCGCCACCGUUAUGCGAGAUCGCACGACCGGCCACACCGCGACGGUACCCGCUGAACGCUUGGUACCCGGCGAUGUCCUGGUGAUUCCAUCUCACGGAUGCCUGAUGCCAUGCGACGCCGUAUUGUUGACCGGCAACUGCAUUCUUAACGAGUCCAUGUUGACGGGGGAAUCCGUGCCCGUCACGAAGACACCAGUUCCUUCCUCGAACGAUGUGAUAUACAAUACCAAAGAACACGCCAGGCACACGCUCUUCUGCGGUACCAGAGUUAUCCAGACAAGAUACUAUGGUACCGAAAAGGUGUUGGCGGUGGUUAUCAGGACGGGUUUCAACACCAGCAAGGGCGGCCUAGUGCGGUCCAUCAUGUAUCCUCCACCUGUGGAUUUCAAAUUUGAGCAGGACUCGUACAAGUUUGUAAUGAUGUUAGCGUGCAUAGCCAGCAUCGGCGUCAUUUAUACCAUAGUGACAAAGGCCAUGAGAGGCGUUCACAGCAGUGACAUCGCCUUGCAAGCAUUAGAUCUCAUCACUAUCGUGGUACCUCCGGCGUUACCCGCCGCCAUGACGGUCGGACGUCUCGUGGCACAGCGUAGAUUAGAAAAGAAGAAAAUAUAUUGCACGAGCCCGAGGUCGAUUAACGUGUCCGGGUCCAUCGAUUGCAUUUGCUUCGACAAAACGGGAACGUUAACGGAAGAUGGACUAGACAUGUGGGGCGUGGUGUGUGUUUCGGAUAAGAAAUUCCAAUUCCCAGUCAAGGAUAUCACGAGUUUGCCGCUAUCGGAAGUUCUUAUUGGAAUGGUUACGUGCCAUGGGAUCACCAUAAUUGAUAACCAGUUGGUGGGAGACCCGCUGGAUUUAAAAAUGUUCGAAUCCACCGGAUGGACGUUGGAGGAACCCGACGUGUCCGACACAUCAAAAUUCUCCAUGCUCUUCCCGACGAUCGUCAGACCAGCAAAGGACUUCAAGUUACUCAAGAGACCGCAAUACGACCUGUGCGGCACGCUCAGCCGGCAAAACUCCGUAUCUUCCGAUGUGAUCGAUGGUAUAUCUCUCAACAACCUCCAUGAUGCUGCAUUCACCGAUUCCGCGACAGAUUUGGGCGAGCAAGGACUGGAAGUGGGUAUCGUUCGACAGUUUCCCUUCACAUCGAGCCUACAGAGAAUGAGCGUAAUCACGAGAACAUUGGGCGCAAAUCACUACGAUCUAUACUGCAAAGGCAGUCCGGAGAUGAUUCUCAGUCUCUCGAAAGCAGAAUCCAUUCCUUCAGACUUUGCGACCGUUCUACAAGAGUAUACAUCCGAAGGUUACCGAGUGAUCGCCUUGGCGCACAAAUCUCUGAAUCGUCUUCCCUACGCCAAGGUGCAGCGUUUAAGCCGCGAGGCUGCUGAGAUGGAUCUAACUUUCUUGGCGCUUAUAGUUAUGGAGAAUAGAUUGAAACCCGAAACCUCGCCAGUAAUCGCCGAAUUGAACACUGCUUGCAUCAAAACAGUGAUGGUGACUGGCGAUAAUAUGCUGACCGCUCUUUCGGUGGCCAGAGACUGCGACAUCGUGAAGCCGGGCACGCCAGUAAUUGCUGUCUCGACAACUCAACAGAAUCAGCUGAAGCCACAGAUCUACUUCACGAAGAGCGACAGCCAACCGUCGCCCGCCUCGCCGAACGGCCAACCCGAUCUUAGCGAGAUGACCGAUCUGAACAGCGUGGUUAGUUUGGAGACUGUCGAAAGCGGUUCCUUCGCCAACACCAAAUUGGAAAAUGACAUCAAUUAUCUAUCGGAUGACGUACAGUAUUCCAAGAGCAAGUAUGUGUUCGCAUUGACUGGGAAGACGUGGGCAUUGAUAAAGCAGUACUAUCCAGAACUGAUACCAAAGAUGGUUACUCGCGGUGCCAUUUUUGCCAGGAUGUCGCCCGACCAGAAGCAACAACUGGUUCAAGAACUGCAAUCUUUAGGAUACUAUGUCGCCAUGGUAGGAGACGGUGCUAACGAUUGCGGAGCAUUGAAAGCAGCGCACACCGGCAUCUCCUUGUCAGACACAGAAUCUUCCGUCGCGUCACCGUUCACCAGCCGCGAAACCAACAUUUCCUGCGUUCUCACGGUGAUACGCGAGGGUCGCGCCGCGCUGGUGACUUCUUUCGGCAUCUUCAAGUAUAUGGCUGCCUACUCGCUCACGCAAUUCAUCUCGGUGAUGCUUCUCUACAGCAUCGAGUCCAACCUGACGGACAUCGAGUUUCUGUACAUCGAUCUCUUCAUCAUUUCCCUAUUUGCCUUCUUCUUUGGUCGUACCCAAGCCUACGAAGGCCCGCUAGUGAAGAUGGCGCCGCUCAACAGCCUCAUCAGCACAUCACCAAUACUUAGUUUGAUUACCCAACUCCUGAUCGUCGCGAUCUUCCAGUACAUGAGUUUGUGGCAUGUACAACAGAUGCCGUGGUUCGUACCGUUCAACGCGACUGUCGCCGAGAACAAGGACGACGUGGGCUGCUUGGAAAAUUACACCGUUUUCAUCGUCAGCUCCAUGCAGUACAUUAUCUUGGCAGUGGCGUUCUCCAAAGGGCCGCCAUACAGAAAGUCGCUCUUCACCAACUACGGCCUACUCUCCUCCUUCGUGAUCCUCAGUCUGUUCUCCAUCUACCUCGCAGUGUGUCCCUUCAAGAAGCUCGUCGAUUGGUUUGAGCUUGUGCUGCCCGACGAUCUUGGCUUCCGCUUCAUCCUAGUCGGCUACGGCGUGAUGAACUUCGUCAUCUCAUUACUGAUCGAGUAUCUGUUCGUAGAGUACCUCAUGUUCAGCAAGCUCCGUUACCGUUGGCACGACGUGGACAAGUCCCGGCGAAAAUUCCUGGCGAUCGAACGCGACAUGGCGCGCGACAUCAAGUGGCCGCCGAUCUCGCAUGAGCCGCAGCCAGAGACCAUACCGGACUUGCUGAUCCGACAGAACGUCACUGAGAUCAAGAUCGAGAAACGAGUUACUGAACCCUGCCUUCCCGGCGAUACUAGCUUCAUGAACACUGACUCACCGGUCUGCGCUGGCUUCAAGCAUUUCGGCUCCGCGCGCGAGGUCACUCUCAAUCCCCGAUCCCUCUUCGAUGAUUGCCGGAAUACCGUGUCGAUGCAGACAGUGCCGUGCUUCGAGGACAAGGACGACGCGUCGCCAAAGCAGUCGAAUGCCGAGACGACGACAAAGCGACGGCACAAUUCGGAAUCGGAGAACGGCAUCGAUCGCUACGAAAAGCCCUACAUGAAUCACAACACCAAUCCCAUCGCCACGCUGCCCAGGAACCCCAACGCGACGCUCCAGCCGCAGAAGCUGAGGGACUUUAAAGACGUCCUCGUGCACAAGAGCGACGACCAAGUGUCGUCGCCCAACAACACCCAGAGCGUGCUCGAGCUAGAUAUCUUGCCGUCCUGAGGAUCGAAGCGCACGAAAGAUCGAUCGAGAGGUAGCUGAGUAUCUUAGAAUCGGUCAAACGACUAAUUAAUUCAGAGUAUUACUGGAGGGUGUAUUUCCCCCGCGAUAUACAGCCUCUCCGCAACCUCCAAUGCAAAUGGGCGCAUUUAGGGUGAAGCAUGACCAUUGUGACGCAAAGAAGUAACUUAAGAAGCACUUUUCGAUACCGGAUGCCCUUGUAAUCUCGAUCUGUGACAAGCUCUCCCUGCAUGUCCGGUACUUGUGAUAUUCAAGACAUACUUGAUUGUCAUCAAAUGUAUAUUAUCAGGAAUGAACGACGGCCGAUUUGAUCUCCCGAUCAGGCGAAUUCUGAACCGAUGCAUUUAGUCUGCCGCACUAUUGAUGACUUACAACGUUACUUAAGCCAUGUGAGUGAUGUGAAUAAGCCGAAUGUUAGAACCAUGCAGCACACACCAUGCAGCUGUUCGAUCAUUGUACUAGCUAGGUCAUUGUAUUAACGAUCUCUAUAUAAUUGAUUUUAUUCGAUUAUUUCACUGUUUUCUCGUAGAGCAGUUUCUUUCCCGUUUUUAGAGAAUUGAUAUUUAAUUAAUGUAUAAUUUAUAAGCAUCAGAGUUAUGUAGAUAUUAGCAAUGUGCUCGUGUUUAAAUUACAUAUUAAUUAAACAUUAAUUCUUCUUGUGUGUGUGUGUGUGUGUACAGAUAUAUAUGUAUAUAUAACUUCUCUCUCUUGACUGUGCCGUUCCAGCUUCGGCUUAUUCUUAUUUAUCGAUUCAAGCCAGGGUCCCUUUUGACCCAGUCCUCCUUUGUCCUCGUCCUCUUUCUCUUCCUUCUCAUAGUAUUUGAGAACGACUCUCUCGAGAAAGUAUUAUUGUUAUUUAUCUUAGAAAACGGAAAAUUGUAUAUUAAUUCCGCUCGAAGCAGAAUUCUCCGUGUGCGGAACACAGUAGAUUUUAAGAUGCACGUAGACACGAUUCUGGCGUUACCACAGAAUCUUAAAGCGGUGCGAGAGUCUCGAAAGCAACUCGACGCGAUGAUACCGUCUUUUAUCGCGGCGGUUAAAACGAUUGCUUGAGUGGUCUCGCAACUUAAUCCUCCAAAGUACAUUUAGCUAGAACGAAAAUUAAUGUUGGCUAACCGCUACUCCCCGAGCACCCCGGCUCGUCUCUCGGCGCAUUUUUCCUAUCCCCGAGUUUGAUUCGCAUGUAUUUAUUCGAGCAGCACAAUUAACAAUUUUACGCGCGUUGCAUUUUACGAUGAGCGAUGAGAUUCGACUUCUGACAAUUAUAAUUGACACACAAUUACACACAUUUGUGGUCGUUGUCGACCGCUCAUCUCGUAAAUCAUUCCACAUUGGGAAAGUUGAUCAAUAAAAAGGGGACGAUGUGUGACGCGAUGCGAAGGGACUGGUGGCUGCCGAAAUGCGUAUUACGUAUUAUAUGUAAUGUAAUAGUUACCUUGAUUACUUUGCGAUGUUAAAAUAGACUAAGGUCAUAGCGAUAAGCUAGUCUUGUCACUUUUCGUCGCAGCCGAUACGUAUUGUUAAAGUAAUUAUGUCGAGAUAAAUAUGUGUACUUACGGGAUAUGUGCGCAACGGAAAUAGAUACUUAAUCGCGUCAAUGUACGCGCGAUGUUAUAGCUUGUGUUAACAAGUAGCAGUUGUCAAAUAAAAUAUGUUUUUAAUG